CAACCCGGCGUUCAGGCUCCACGGACACGGUGUUCGGCUCAAAUUCCUGCGCUGAAUCCGGUUUAAGGACGAGUCUGAAUUAAACCACGUCUCUGAAGUCCAAGGUUAAUCCAUCAUGCUCCUGCUUUUCCCUGCGUUAUUGUGCAUUUUCACAGGAGUCGGAUGUCUGCCCGUGUUGGAUGUGAAGGGAAGCAGUUGUCUGGAGGAUGCGAGUAUGAGAACAGAUGGACACUGGCCCCCCGCAGGCUGUGAUGGACAGGUGACAGAUGACAUUUUGACAGCUGAAGAGCGGCAUCAGGGACUGCUGAGAGAGCUACAGGAGCUGGUUGAACAUGAGCUUGAAAGAGAGAGUGAAUACACUCGUGAGACGGAGGAGUAUGACCUGAACGACAUGGAUGACCAGGACGACAGGAGACAGGCUAGACGGAGGGAUGAAGAACAGAUAGAAGACAGGAAACAGGGGGGUGAAGAAGAAGAGGAGGAGGAGAGCGCCCGAGAGCUGGAGGAACUGCUGGCUGAAGAGAUCCGGAAGAAAGAAGCGGGGAGAAAAGACGACGCAGAGCUGGAGGAGCUGAGAAAGAAGGAGGAAAAGUCAGAGAAUGAUGGGGAAGAGGAGGAGAAGGAGAGGAAGAAGAAUGAGGCGGAGCUGACAGCAGAGAAGGAGAAGGUGGAGCAUGAGCUCCAGGUGCUGACGAGUGACGAGACGAAGAUGAGGGAGAGGCAGGAGAAGGAGGAGGAGCUGCAGGAGCUGCUGCAGAAGAUGGAGAGAGCGAAGGAGGAGCAGGAAGGGCCGACGGAGGGAGAGAAGGGAAAGGAGGAACACACAACCCCUGAGACAAAAGAGCCACAGCAGAAGAGGGAGAUGGAGAAAGCGAGUGACGAGAGGACGCGGCAGUUCGAGAAGGAGAGAUACAACGAUGACGAGGAGGAGGAGGAGGAAGAUGGAGAUGAAGAGGAGGAGGAGGAACAAGACGAAUCAGAGGAGCUGCUGGAGAUCGAAGCCCAGUUGAGGAGAGUGGCUGCCGAGCUGAGGAAACUGCACCGGGGUUAAACGCACACACACACACACACACACACACACACACACACACAAGAUACAAGCCAUAACAGUUGCUCUUUAUAACACACACAAACACACAGUAAUACACAAUUUCUGUCUGUAAUAGUUGCAGUGUUAAGUCUUAGUGAUGUGUAGUGUGUGUGUGUGUGUGUGUGUGUGUGUGUGUGUGUGUGCGUGUGUGUGUACACAUACACACACAUAAUUCUAUAUUUAUAAUUCUAUAAACAACACAUUUACAAUAAUCGUUAUGAAUCAAUCCAGUGAUUAGGUACUAAUUAACACAAGCCAAAAUGAAUCAAUCUGAGUCAAAUGAAUCAAUGAAUCAAAAUAAGUAGAUCAGCCAAGACAUGUUCGGUGUGUGACAUUUGCAAGGCUAAUGUAGCUAACAAGUAGUGGAAGUUUAUAGCCACCAGUUUAGCAUGGUGUACUGAAUGAAUGAAUGAAUGAAUGGGCUUUGUGGAGUUGUUCAGUGAAUCAAACAGGCUUUCUGACUCUGGCUUGAAUGACUCACUGUUAUGUAUAAAAACACUGACAAAAGGACGUCGCAGAGCUAAAAACACUCCCCAGAUUAGUUUCUCCUUCAACACAUAGUUUAGUGUCACACAAACAUCAGAAGAGGAGGUGUGGCCUAAAGUGAUUGACUCAGUGAUUCAUUGAUUCAGAUGCUAAUACUUUGCAAAUCGUAGCUGAUCGAGCACAUUUUUGCAUAAAGAGAAAAACUGUAUAUUUUCUUUUGAUAAGUCUAGUUAUCAGUAAUUGAUAGGACUCGAGUCGUGUAUAAUGUGGUGUGGUUUGUGAAUUGAUCUCUUAUUUAAUGUGCGUAGUGUAUUGUGUAUUUGGCUCUUACACUGUUAGAACGCUUUCAGACUGUUAAGCGAGAGCUGUGUGUGAGGCUUUUUGCAGGGAACAUGGCUCUGUGUGUGUGUGUGUGUGAUUGUGUGUGUGUGUUCAUGUAAACUAUUGGGAACAUAACACUAAAAAUCCCAUAGUGGUCUUAUCAGAACAUUAGCAUUAUCAUAGCAUUAAUCAUCAAACAAACAAAACAGAGCUGUAUAUAAUAUGCAGAACACUGGCAGGAAAGUGUAUGUGUGUGUGUGUGUGUGUUUUGCUACCCCACAUUCCCUGAUAAAAGCAUCUCUGCAGUUCUCUCAGUAUUAAACAAGCCAAGGACGAUGGGGCUCCCAAGCCAUUAUAGCUCACACACACAUAAAUACUCUUGGUAACAUUGUGAGCUUUAUCUCAGUGUUAAGAUCAAUCUAUCAUCCUCUGAUGAACCUCUUGCUUUUUUUUUGUACAGUGGUGUCAGUCAGGGUACACAAACUAUUUAAACGAUUUUAAAAGCAAUGCACUUUUUUUUCCGUUAUGGUUGCUAAUACGGUUAAUGUCUUAGCCUGCAAUAAGCGUCGUUUAAAAUGAAAAUGUUUAUGUAUAUAUGUAACGUACAAACCACAGACACUUUACAAUGGUUUAAAUGAGUAUUAACAAGUAAUAAAAAAGUGAAGUAAUAUCAUAUUUAAUAUACAAUGCUAAUAUACAGACUAUAUAUUGCACAUGUAAAGAAAUCCAACUUAGAGCUGAAUGUGUGUUAUUUGUAUUUUAUUGAGUAUAAUGGUCAUUUUAAAAAAUGAGCUUGAUCGAUGGUAUUCUGUUAAUAAUCUUCUUCUAUUUAUCAGUAAUUUAUGUGAAGGAAAAAACAAAAACGAAACUGUGACGUCAGAAUUGGUCGCGUCCCAAUUCUCGGCAUCUGUACUUGCGCACUUUGAAUCUCUGACUCAGAUUAAGACAAGACCAGUUUGUGAUUUUACAAAUAAUGGCUAACAUUAGCACUUGUGUUGCUUUUUUAAUUCAAAAAUGAUACGAUAGGUUUUUGCAUCGACAUGCAGAUCUGAAGAAAGAAGGCAAUAAGUAUAAGUGUAACAUAUCAGUGGUCAUUUGAGAGGGCAGCCAUGUUGAUUUGUUCAUUGUAAGAAGAUGAAUUUGGUGUGUAAUAUGACUAAACUCUCAAAUAAAUAAAAAAACACAAUGAACACGUGGA